AUGCCAACCUGCCCCACUCAGGUUAAAAUAAAGCCCAUUGCUUUCCACCUGGAACUACCGAAGAGACGCGUGACGGUGGGCAGAGUUCUGGUAUGCGGCAUGGGCUACACCGGGCAACUUGGCCUGGGCUCGCCAGUCUUGCUGCUGAACCGCUUGUCGCUGGUGAGUAGAGUACCGAAUCCUGUGGAUGUUUGCGCUGGUGGCUUGCAUAGCCUCGUCCUUACGAAGAGUGGCGAUGUCUACUCGUUUGGGAGCAACGAAGAGGGCGCACUGGGUCGGAGUUCCAGUAGUCAGGACUGCAGAGAGUCUAUGCCCGCUUUGGUCAAAUUGCCCGGCAAAGCGCUGUGCAUCUCGGCGGGAGAUUCGCACUCUGCGUGCAUAUUGGAAGACGGCAGCGUCUAUGUGUGGGGAUCGUUCUUCCACUCGCACGGAAACAUGGGCAUGACCAACGAUGACAACAAUACCACACCGACUAAUCUCUUGGCGGGAACAGUGUGCUGCAGCAUUGCCUCUGGCUCUGAUCACUUGGUCAUAUUGACCACCAGUGGAAAGGUCUUUACACUCGGAUGCGCCGAGUACGGCCAGCUGGGGCGCAUUUCAGAGCGUUCAUUGUCCGGAGAUGGCCGCCGUGGCAAGCAGGAUUUGCUUCGACCGGCCCAGAUAUUCAUCAAGAACGCCAAGCCGUUCGAGGCUAUAUGGGCCACUAAUCAUGGGACGUUCCUGCGCGAAUUUCAGACGGGAACUAUCUGGGCCAUGGGUUUGAACGACAGCAAGCAGCUGGCCCACGGAAACGAGUUGGAACCGGACCACUAUAUUUAUCCGGUGAAGACCACGCUACAAAAUAUAAAGCAGAUUGCUGGUGGCUCUGAUCACACACUUCUGCUGCAGAAUAAUCUGCAAUGCUUUGCCGUUGGUUCGCCAGAGUGUGGACGCCUGGGCCUGGGCGAUAUCAAGGACGUGGUGCCCAAAUUGACGCGCGUUAAGAAGCUGUCGGACAACAUUGUCUAUGUCGGCUGUGGCACGUGCUGUUCCUAUGCCAUUGCUGAGGAUGGCAAGCUAUAUUCAUGGGGCUUGGGCUCCAAUAACCAGCUGGGAGUGGGCGAAGGCGAAGAUGAACUGGAGCCGGUUCUAGUCAGCAGCAAGCAUAUGCAUAAGAGGAAGAUGCUGCUCGCAUCCGGCGGGGAAAAGCACAGUAUAUUUUUGGUCGAGGCGGAUGCGAAGAACUAACAAACAAGGACCUGCAACAAGGACAGGACUCCUUUUUCAAGAGAAACUUCAAAGCAGAGACUGAAGCCCGCCAAGCGAGGACACAAAACUAAACAUACCUACCUAAAACAUAGAAAUAUAUAUAACUUGAC